AACGCACCGAUGAAAUCCCUUGAAAUUAACAGAAUAUAAAGUUCUCUCCUAAUAGUUUUUAUAUACCAAAAAUCAGAUAUGUGUUAUUUCAAAUAAGAAAAAUAAUUCACCUUGGUCAUAUAGAAAUUUGCUAUCAGGAGUGCAAAAUUCUACUAGAGUUAUUUCCCUUAGUACAACUCUUUUGUUGUUUAUGUUAAAAAUGAAAGUAGCUCCAGCAGCAGACACACGAAAUGGUUUGCAAUUUUAACACAAACUGCACUACAGAUGAGUGUUCUGAUGAUGUUACUGAUAUCAACACAUGUGAUUGUAAUGACAAAAAUAUAAUUUUAACUGAAUCUGGUCUUUUGCCAAAGAAUUUUACUGAUUUUUAUAUAUGCUCAACCCAUUUCAACCAAUUAUUGAAAAGAAACUCUGAUUUGAGAAGGAGAAAAGUAUGUCAGCUUCCUACUUUGAUUAUUGCACAUCCUCCAGUAGCAUCACACUCUGUUGUUGGUGUAAAAAAGCCAAAGCCUAGCCGCAAUAUCACCAUCACUGAUGUAGAAAAGAUUCAGAAGUGUUAUGGCCUCACACUUCCUAUUGGAACACCUGCAUGCAUUAGCUGCCUGAUUAAAAUUUCCAAGCAGUCCACAGAGAUAGAAGCUGAAAGUCUUGAUCAAGGAAAGUGUGACCAGAUUCAGCAAUGCACAAAAUUAAAUACAGAUGAUGAAACAUAUCUCAUGGAGACUGACCAGUUGGAUGUGUUAACAGAAAAAGAAAAUAUUUGCGAUAAUCUUAUUGAAAUUUCAGCAUCCGAAUAUACAGUUACAUCAGAAGAGUCAGGAAGUCAAAAUUAUUUAUCCCAGUCACAACAAUCAGUCAGAAGUUAUGAACGUUGCAGCUACUUGACAUCUUUGAAUGAUUUCCUGUCAUCAGUCAGAUUGCAGGAAUUCUCAGAAAAAGAAAGAAAAACAUGGCGGUCCUACACAUUUAAAACAAAAAACACCUACAAAGAAAGAUUUGAUGAGAUUAUGAAAUUGAUAAUAGGAAUUUUAUUUCCAAAUGAUGUUGUUGAAGUAAUUGAUGACAUAAAAUGUCCCAAGCAGUUAAAUGAAGAAAACAGAACUAGUCAUACAGAGUACAAAGAUAUUGUCACUUCAUACAGAAAAGCAGAAUCCUGGCAACAAGGUAGACAAGUUCUUUCAGUUCUUGCCUCAAGAAUGUCCUUCAAGGACUUACUGUCUCUUACUACCAGAAGUAACAUCUCAUCGCUACUAUGCUGCUCUCAGUCAUUCAAAGAAAAUUGGGCCAGCACUUCCAAUUCCUGA